GGGCGGCGGCCGAGAGGCGCCUCCUCCCUCCCUCCCUCCCGCGGCAUGGCGAGCCCGGCGGCCUGUCCGGCAGCGCUGGCGGGGGCGGGCGGCGGCGGCGAGGGGCAGGCCGGGGCCGGGGCCGGGGCCGGGCGCGGCUCCCCUCAGGCGGGCGGGCGGCGGCGGCGGCGCCUCUCCUCCUCCUGCUCUUCCUCCUCCUCCUCCUCCUCCUCCUCGUCGCCUUCGCGCCCGGAGGCGGCCUCGGGGGGCGUCCUGGGGGCGUCGCUGGAGUCCUUCUCCCACCUGCCCUCCGGCGGGCCCAGCAGCUCCGAGGACCUCCCCAGCGACUCCGAGGCGGCGGCGGGGUCUGGGCCGGGCUCCGGGGCCGCCGCCGCCGCCUCGCCGUCGCCGGGCCCCGCGCCGGCCGCCAAGGAGCGCUUCCCCGGGCAGUCGGUCUACCACCUCAAGUGGGUGCGCUGGAAGGAGGCGAACACGCCCGUCGUCACGCAGAACGAGAACGGGCCCUGCCCGCUGCUGGCCAUCAUGAACGUCCUGCUGCUGGCCUGGAAGGUGAAGCUGCCACCAAUGAUGGAAAUCAUAACCGCUGAACAGUUGAUGGAAUACUUAGGAGAUUAUAUCCUUGAUGCAAAACCAAAAGAGAUUUCUGAAAUACAGCGUCUAAACUAUGAGCAGAAUAUGAGUGACGCAAUGGCAAUCUUGCAUAAGCUCCAGACCGGUCUGGAUGUAAAUGUGAAGUUCACUGGUGUGCGGGUCUUUGAAUACACACCUGAGUGCAUCGUGUUUGACCUCCUCGAUAUUCCGCUGUACCAUGGGUGGCUAGUGGACCCUCAGAUUGCUGACAUUGUGAAAGCAGUUGGCAACUGCAGCUACAAUCAGCUAGUGGAGAAAAUAAUAUGUUGUAAGCAGUCGGACAACAGUGAGCUGGUUGACGAAGGUUCUGUUGCAGAGCAGUUUCUAAACAACACAGCCACUCAGUUGACCUACCACGGAUUAUGUGAGUUAACUUCCACAGUUCAAGAAGGAGAACUAUGUGUGUUCUUUAGAAACAACCACUUUAGCACCAUGACCAAACAUAAGGGUCAGCUUUACCUUUUGGUGACAGAUCAGGGUUUCCUUACAGAAGAGAAAGUUGUUUGGGAAAGUUUACACAAUGUGGACGGGGAUGGAAAUUUCUGUGACUCUGAAUUCCACCUGCGACCUCCGUCGGAUCCAGUGGCCGUGUACAGGGGGCAGCAGGAUCAGAUCGACCAGGACUACCUGAUGGCACUGUCUUUGCAACAAGAGCAGCAAAGCCAAGACAUUAAUUGGGAGCAGUUCCCAGAAGGAAUCAGUGACCUUGAACUGGCCAAGAAGCUCCAGGAAGAGGAGGACAGGCGGGCCUCUCAGUACUACCAAGAACAAGAGCAAGCGGCGGUCGCUGCAGCAGCUCAACUCCAGCAGGUGCAGGGAGCCGCCUCUCCAGCGAUGGGAAGACAAUCUGGGGGCAGUGAACGGAAGCGUAAAGAACCUCGGGAGAAGGAGAAAGAGAGAGAGAAAGAGAAGAACAGUUGUGCAAUUCUAUAACAGCAGGUGGAUUUUGCCUGGACCCAGUCACAGAUCCUCGGAUCCGAAGGACGCCAAGCCCCACGUGCCGCCUGUGCCUGCCAGCCCUUGAAGGCCGUCGCCCGCACAUUGUCUUUCCCUGGGAGUCGGAUGUGGCUGUCUGUGCUUCUGAAGCACUGGAACAAAACUUAACUGCGCCUUUGUAGAUGAGCCCCCCAGGUUUUGCAGUGCAGGGACAUGAGCCAUUCGCUAGCGACCUUUCCUUCGUCUCGGAGAUUACAGGAGGCAGCAAUGGGUUUCCACCGUGGGCUUCUGCGCGAGGCCUGCACAUCAGCACAAAAGAACCAGCCACCGUUGAAGCCUCUGGGCACUGUGCAGUCUGUGGUCCGCUAAUGUGCUCUCCUGGUGGGCUGGCGUCCCCCCUCAGCUGUCUUCAGCCCAGGCUUGUCUUGUGUUGGCGUAUAUGACGGAGAGUUAAGUGUCGUGAAGUGAAAGCAGCAAGAAAAACUGUGGCUCUUGGACCUUUGGGGGGGGGGGUGUCCAAACCCCACCAACUGUAUCUGGCCUUUUCCGCUUGUACAUAAGCAAGGCCAGAGCUGCUCCGUUAUUUAUUGACCUCUGCAGAGGAGAAGCUGGUAUGCCUCAAUCCCGUGUUACUUGCCUUUUCUCCAGAAGUACCUUGGAUGAGUCACAGGAAUUGAGGGGGGGGCGGUGCUUGUAUGCCUUAUUAAGUGUACUGUAGAUAGAUAAUCUGUACCAUACCUGUGCAUCUCGAAAGCACACUUCCAGAGAGUGUGACAAACCACUACACUCUGGGGCUGUGAACCCAAUGCUGUUUGGGGGGGAUCCCAUGGAGUUUUCUGGGACUUGACUUGCUUGUAUAUCCAAGAUGACUCCUUAGGAAGAUGCAGCUUGUGGCAGUAGAGUGGAAUGAAACAAACAGGCAACAUCCCACAGUAUGUCUAGGCUUUAAGGGUGGAGUUUUGUCAAGAGGGAGGGUGUGUACGCACCAGCACACAAACACACACCAGUCCUCCUCAAGAGAGGCGAGGGCCUUGUUCAACCUGUUGGUCAUUUUUGUAUCUCAGGGUCUAGAUACCCUACAAAUUGCUGGGCUGCUCAGGAUCUGUUCGGUACACAAGCCUUGAGCCCUGGCAAACAGUCUUGCUUCUUGGAUGGCGGUGAUGACGUGAUGGUAAUUGAAAAGCAAUCAUGUUAGGACAAAUUCUUGCUGAAGCUAAUUUACCCCUCUGGGAGCAGAGUCUGGCUAAAACAGCCAGUUUCUAAUGACCCUAUUUUGCUCCUCAGUCCUAAAGUUUUCUGGAAUUAGGAGACGGGAAGGCUGUUCUCAGCAGAGGUACCUGCCCCAGACAUUAAUUUUCCUGAUACGUUUAGUCAGACUGUGACUAAACCUGCCUUGUUUAAAUUUAGAGGCAUAAAAAAAACCUCCACUUGCCUUCGGACACUAGCCUGGAAAAUAAAAACGUCUCUCAAAUGUUUAUCAAAUGGGGAACAAACAUAGCAGCUUUACUCGGAACAGAAACAAUUUACUUUGUAUCAUGUUGAACUUUAAAUAUGUAAAGAGUAUCUCUUAAACUUUUCCAAUUAUCAUCUUCCUCAUCCCCAUUUCAGAAAAGCGCAUUCCUCCCUUAAUCUUUUUACACGUAAGCUAGCACGAAGCUGUUAUCAAAACUUCCUGGUAGAACCACCAUUACAAAUGUGUGUUUGUAUGUCAGUGGGAGCCCAUGUGCCACUUCCAGCCUGCUUUUUAGAUGUGCAUUACUUGGCUGCCUGCAGCAUGCAAGGUGAGUGUGGAAAGAACACAGUCAGGUUCCUUCUCGGCUAAGUGACCAAAAAUGCUAGGGUAGUUUCAGUGCAUCUGGUCUUUGGGGUUUCUAGAGCACCCCCAGUCUCAAGACAGAACCCCUUGUAGGACUGUUGCAGAACUCUUGGGUGUGGCUGGCAGGUAUCGUGGUGCUCUGAGCACCACUUCAGACGCACAGGAAGGGCUACCUUGAAGUCAGAACAGGUGGAGUAUGACCGGGCAACUGGUAAUCCUGUGGCACCCACCUAGAAGCUCUUGAAGUGUGGGUAGGUGGGGCAGAGAGAAUGGGUCCCAGCAGCCUGUAAUGGUGCAGGAGGCUGCUGUUGUAUAGGGCUGGAGCCAAAAUCUCUUAACUCUUCCAGGGGGUUAGAGCCACUGCUGUGGGGUUCCUCCUUUUUCCUUUCCUAUAGGACUCGAGCACAUUUUGCUCUGGCGUAGAUGUAGGCAACGUGGAAAAGUAACACAACUGCUGCCCCUUUUUAGGAAUCUUGCUUCUCUCUGACAUUUUGUUACACAAUGAGGCCCAACGGUUUUUUUUUUGCACAAAUGCAUUACUUCUGUAAGACUUAAUGAUGUGCACGGGGGGGGGGGGGUGUUAAGAUGCCAGAAGAGAGGCCUUGUUUCCCGAGGGCCCUUAUCCCGCCCCCCUUAUCAGCAGAAGCUCCCUUGCUGUGGCAACGUGACAUGUACAGUCUGACAACUCAAGUAACUUUACCACUUAAGCAGCACUGCCAAAUACUUUUUAUAAUUUUAUAAAACAGCACUUAUGCGUGUAAGAUGUAGCUUUUUAAAAAAAACUUGACCUGCUAGCUGUCCUUGAGCACACACUUUAGCAGUCAAGCUUCUCGGUUGUGGUGGACGAACACCGGGCAGUGGCAUGGAUCCUUCCUCUCCUGCCAAGAGGGAAGGCGAGGCAGGAGCAGCCUUGCAUGCAGUAUUCAGGCACGCCCCCCAGCUGCCUGCAGUCUCUCUCCUCAUCCUCUGGACCGGUGUCAGCCCUUCACUGCCACUUGCUUUCAGUCCGGCUGGCGGCGCAGGGCAGCUUUUGUGCAAUCCAAGGGGGAGCCAGUUCAGGGGGGGUGUGAUCCAGUGAGCCACAGACCUGGCUCCUGCAGAAAUUUGUUCCUGUGGGUCAGUAGAUCCUCAGACAGCAAGGGGGGGGCAGGCAAAGUAGGGGUCUGCCACGGGAAGGGAAAUCAUGGCCUCCUCAUCCAAAGAGUCUUUGAGUGUUGAAUAGUGGUUGGAUACAUACCAGCAUUACUUCCUGGAUUUCGUGUCUCUGCAGAGCCCAAAUCGCAGAUCAGCCACACGCUAGCUUUCUGUAGGCCAGGUACUUCUGCAUGGGUUACACUGUGAUCAGCAACUGGCUGUUUUUUGUUGAUGUCUUGAUAUAAAUGUUGCCAUUCUCAAGUUUUCUGUUUUUUUAUAUUUAUAAUUUUUAACAGUUUCAAAGUGACCAUGUAAUAAAAAAACGAUUCAACUUU